GUGAACUGUGCCCCUGCCGAGACGCUCUGCAGGUUUCAUUAUCGAUUUUUGUUGGGUUUUUUUGUUAGGAAAAAAUAUCCAGCAUGGAAAAUGACGACGUUUACGAUCGUCGGUAGGCUAUAAAGUGUGCAGAUCGAAAGGAGACUAUCGUGAAUAACGCGAUAUGAGGACAGGUGAGCUGGACGGGUGUAAAGUUGAAGAACGUUUGCUGUCGUGUCUGGGUGAAAUUGCAGUAAGAUCUUCUAAACCAUGUAUGAACCUCAGUAUUACGAUAGCCCCCCUGUGUACAGCCCGCCUUACAGCACCACCUCCCAAGGCUUCUAUCCCCCAAGGAGCGUUCACUCCCCCCAGAGCCAGUAUGUCCCAUACACCUAUAAUGUCCCUCCAGACUCCUACUAUAUGGAAGAGACGCCUCAACACUUCUACCGCUGGUUUUCUCCUCCUGGUUUCGUCAAAACCUUUCAAGGAGCUACAGUACUCAUGUGUUUCCUGAUCUUCGCCUGCGUGGCUUCAACCUUGGUGUGGGACAUGAACGGAUUUGGGUAUGGGGGCUAUGGUUUCGGGGCUGCAGGGGCUGUCACAGGCAUGGAUUUUGGAUAUCAUGGAGGCAGCUAUGGUUACAGUAGCUCCUACAUGACGCCACAUUCUGCCAAGUCGGCGAUGAUUUCCAUGGCGGCCAUUUGCUUCCUGGUUUCACUGGGGUUCCUGGUGGGGAGUUUCUCACGGUCACGGAUGAUGCGGGGGUGCAGGUUCUACCUUACUGUGUUCAUUUGUGAUAUCAUCUUAGCUGUCCUUCAGGGCAUCAUCGAUAUCAUCUUUGUGAUCGGAGUGAACCCGAUGUCUCAGAGCUCACAGAGCAUGCUGUACAAUCCCAUGCUGAUGAUGUGCCAAAACAUCCAGGGCAGUCCCAGUUUCAGUGGCAGCGUGGGGGCCGGUUUUCCAGGGGGGUUCCCCAUGUACAAUCAGUACCUGCACCAUUACUGCUACAUGGACCCCGAGGAGGCGGUUGCGUUAGUGUUGGGUCUGAUGGUGGUGUUGGCCCUGUCCCUGUCUGCUUACUACGCCUAUAAAACCCGCAGCAAGAUUUGGCACCACAGCCAAGCUAACAUCUACUGGGACGAGCCGCUGGUCAGGCCGUCAGAGGGGCAGGAUGUUCAGGACUGGGUGAACCAUGUUGGAGAGGUGCGCAGCACACAGCAGGCUCCAACUGUUGUUGUAUCAGAGAGAGCAGCACCUAACCUGAGGGUGGAGAGAAGUGUGGUUUCCUACGGCAAGGGAACAGUCAGCUACAAUGAGGAAAAUUAUAAAAGUAACAGUUCCUCUGCUGACAACAGCAACCGUCGGGGAGCUGAGCCUCUGUAUCAGAACAGCGGGGUCACAGUUUGUUCCAGCAACUCCUCCGACAAGACUGACUGCUUCAGGAAUCCUCCUCCUUAUCAUGUGGAAAGGGAACAGAGGAAGGACCCAGAGCCCAAUCCUGCUGCUCAGGAGAUGAUGGAGUCCCAGUGUGAAACUGGUUACACCACCGGAGAGACUGGCAAUGAGCUGGACCACACAGAUUACCUUUACAGGCAGUACCCAGAGAUAAUUUCAGACAAGCAGCGCCGCCAGUACAAGAAGGAGUUUGAUUCCGAUCUGGCUCUCUAUAAGAGCCUCUGUGCUGAAAUGGAUGACAUCAGUGACCAGAUGCACAAGCUGAGCCGAGAACUGGACGUGUUGGAUGAGGGCUCCAUGAAGUACCAGGGUGUGGCAGAUGAGUAUAACCGACUCAAAGACCUGAAAAGGACGCCAGACUAUCAAGCAAAGAAGAAGCAGUGCAAAGAACUUCGGCAAAAGCUUUUCCACAUCAAACGUCUGGUGAAAAUCUAUGACCAAGGUCUUUGUUAGUGUGUUUUAAUAAUCUGCUCAAACAGCUGAGGAUGAACCCACACAGGGUGCGACUUUGCGAAAGAAACAAGGAUUUAUACUCCAUUUUUUCUUCAGUUUCACUGUUUUUCUGUUUGAAUUGUAACAGUUCAGUCCACACCAACAUGGCCCUCACACUGGCCUUAGAGUCACUGAACCUCAACUGUUUUUGACCCCAGUGUUUACAGCUUCUGUAUUAGUUUCUUCAGCUGUCAGAGCAGAUUACUGUCAGAACAGAUCUUCUGAUAGACUCUCUGUGUGAUUGAAUGUGUUGCACCUUGUGUUAGAUUUUACUUUCCAACUCAAUGGCAAUUUUUAUUUAAUGCUGUUUGUUACAGAAUGUUGUAUUAUGGAAACGAAUGAAUAUCAGUUUUUAUACAAAAAAAUAAUGUGAUGAAUAAAAGUCUGAC